AUGAGGGAGGGCAACGGACAGGAUGCAGUGGAAGAGGUUGCUGAGAGGAGCGAACGGUGGCUGAAUGCUGGAUGGGACCGAAGCGGAAUAGAGCGGUGGCUGAUCCCAGAUAAAGGAGAUGAAAGUGGCAACAUGCAAUGCGAGUUCAAUGAUCAAAUCAGCUAA